GGGAAAGGGUUCAAAUUCCACUAGUCUCGCUGAAGAAAGUUGUCUGCGGUUGAAACUCAACCGUUGAGUUAAAAACAUUAAAUUUUAAAUGCAAAUUAUAAAUUGCGAAUUCUUAAAAUAGUGUUCACCUCGUAAUUUCACCAACAUGGAGGGUUACCUUCCCAUCAAGGAGAUUGGAAAAGGUUCAUUUGGAAUUGUUCAUCUUGCUCAAAGAGUUUGCGAUGGAAAAAUUGUGGCGAUGAAAAAAAUUUUAAAGUUCCACCGUAAUGAAAACGAUUUAAAGAGCUUAGGACAGGAAUGGGAUAUUCAAAGAAAAUUGAAUCAUCCAAACAUUAUCAGGAUCCUGGACGCAUUUGAAACCCCGGAUUGCAUGGUAAUUAUAACCGAGUACGCACAAAACGGAGAGCUUACCCGACUUAUCAAUAGCACAAACGGGAAGGGUCUUGACAUUACGACUGUGAGGUCGAUAACAUGUGACCUUGUAUCAGCCUUAAAUUAUUUAUUUAACCAGAGAAUACUACAUAGAGAUUUAAAACCACAAAAUAUUCUUAUUGGUUCUGACGGACAUUGCAAACUCUGUGAUUUUGGAUUUGCAAAAACCAUUGGGAUAAACGAUUUCUUGUUGACUUCUAUUAAAGGGACCCCUCUUUACAUGGCACCUGAAAUAUUUCAGUACGGUUCAUAUGACCAGAAGGCAGAGUUAUGGUCCUUGGGCUGCAUAAUCUACGAGUUGUUGUUUGGAAAGCCACCUUUCCUUACAAGCUCAUUGUAUGAGCUUACAAGAAUGAUUUAUGCCGAAAAUAUCAUAUUUCCUCCCGAAAUUUUCUUUGGGGAUUGUCGUUCAUUUGUUAAGGGCCUUCUAGAAAAGCUUCCAGAAAGACGGAUAACUUGGGAUCAAAUACUUGAUCAUCCGUUUAUUAGAGAUCAUGCCCGAAUUGACAAUACAAGAGGAGAAUUUUCUUUGGCGAAGGCUUUAAGUCCGUCUCAAGAACUUUUAAGGGAGAAGCAGAAGCAAACCAUCCAAAAGAAAAUGCACGAAUAUUCAAGGUUAAUGUUAAAAACACAAAAGAAAAUGCAGAAGGCCCAGAAACAGCUAGAAAAUUGUGUACCUGAAUCAAAAAUAGUGCCAACUCCAAUUCAUUCCCCAAACACUGGUCAAACUUCAAAAGGUCAACAACAGCAACAAGCUACUAUAGCUGAAAGACCUAAACUAUCACCCACAUCAGCCACGACGACUGGAGGAAGGGUUGUUAAUUAUCAUAAUACAUCCACCGCAGAAGUAACUAACCUGAUUCGAAAAGUUCAAAUUGUGGAUAAUGCUGAAGACAACAACAGUGACUCUUCUUGUGAAACGCUUACAUCCAGUUCUGAAGAUGAUGAUGUUGACAGUGACGAGGAUAUGCGUACCAUCGUGAAUGGUAGCGGAAACAGUACCGAAGCCAAUGAGAAAACUGAUAAUACCACACAAAUUACUGUUCAAAAUCCAGUAGCUAGAAAACCGGGGGAUUUAUUUUGGAAAAGUGGAGCUCUGUUCACGUUACACAGUUUGGGAUUGGAUAAACCAAUUCAAAGUGAAGAAUGGAUUCAUUUUUUGGGUACAACAAUGAAGGAAGUUAUGGCCAACCCCCGAUGUAUCUGCGAGAAGCACUUUCUUACAGUUCUUGUUGCUCCGUUAAGAAACCAUUUAACUUCACCAGACGUAAUUGAAAGGAUUGCUGAUGUUCUUGGAGUUCCUUUUACAAUGGACGACGACCUCCCUCAAGACCUGGUUUUCCCCUUGCAGUCAAUGUAUUUGGAUUCAAAAGUUGUCCCCAAUCUCUUGUAUGCUGUCAAAGUAAUUGUAAGACGAAGAGGAAUAGAAAGCAAGUCGACAGAUCUUGAUGAAAUUGUUAGUUUUCUUAAUGAAGAAGACUUUUCUGCCCUCAACAAAUGUCUCCGACUGGUUUGUUUCCUAGUUUAUUUGGACGAAGGUUAUGUUGUUCAAUUCUGUGAUAGUUUGUGCGUUCUUCAACUAUUUCCAACUUUAUUGCUCUUGUUGAAACUGGAUUCCAACAAUGUUUCAUUUACUGGGGACAUGCUUGCAAUUUUGUGUCAACUUAUGCGUACGAUUCCUUCAAACUAUUGCAUUGUAGAGGAACUAUUUUUUGGGGAUUGUCCAAUCGCUCGAAACGUGGAGGAACUUUGGAGGCUUUUACAGCAUGCAGAUACCCGCAUCAAGUCCAGAGCAAUAAGACUGUUAGCAUAUUUAUCUGUAAACUCGUCUAAAACUGGAGAUCAAUUUAUUAAACAUAACGCUCUAAAGCUGUGGAAAUGUAUACAAAGUGCCCUUCAAUCCGAAGUCUCCGAAUUGCGAGAGGCAGCCAAAUUCGCUUCCAAAAACAUUGACAUACUGUCCUCAGACAAGGAAUCACACUCUCAAAAGUCAAUGACGUGUACUAAAGUAGAAAUCGUCCGUCCUCCACAAAAUAUUGAAUCUCAAUCUCCUUCCACCGCUACAAAUCCGUCCAACAUUUCAAGUGACGAAUCUCGAUAGUGCCUUUAUAAUAAUUGUAAUACCAAUUGUUUUUCUCAUCCACAGGUUUAUUUUUAUAUGAUGACGUGUUUUAUAAUCUCGUACUAGUCGUAUUGCAUGAAUCCUAAAAGAUGUAAUGCAGGAAGAUUAUUUAUUUGCUAAUUUUCAUUUGUAUCUUUAUAGACUAAAAAUAAAUCCUAAGAGUUUAUGAAAUGUUCCGUGAUAUGUCCAGGCCAAAAUCUCGCCCUCAAAUCUCCCGAUAUCCAUAUCCAUGAAAAUUUCUCGCCCUUCAACCUCCAAACCAAUAUCCAUAAUCCAUUAUAUCCGCUGAGCUCCGUUCGUAAGCAUCAAAAUCGGUUAUAUAUUGCCAUUGGUAAGUAGUGAAACUCGCCUUGGAUUUGCUUGCUUGCUUGUUCGGCAUCGAGCAUGAAUCAGUGGAGCGGCGUAUCCAAAUCCCUGUCGACUAUUUUGUCUACUCGACGGUUGGUAUUGCUUAGACUGGAAUUAUUUACUAUUAAUUAAUUAGUAUCAACAAAAUGAACAAAGAUAAUUUUGACAUUAAUCACGGAGUCGCUCCUCGAGGAAAGGGAACAGAAGUAGGGACUAUUUUACAGCUGGAGACAUGUCCUUACAACGAAAGUCACCGAAUUGGUCACGGAUCUUUUGCUGCGCACUUGUACAAGUGUCGAAUGGCCUUGAAAUCGGAAGAUCGUGAGCGAUACGUCAUUUGUGAAUAUAACGCGACUCACCACAUGUUCGCAGAGGUGUACGAAGAUCACCUCAAGACGUGCACGGAUUUCAGAUAUUACGAAGCAGAUAAGUUCGAAAUGCCGCUUGAAUUUUACGGCCAUGCCACUGGCAAGAAAGUCGCAGCUAAAGAGUCCGUGUCUGAGCGGGAUGAGAUUCUAAAACAGCGAUAUCUUGAGGACGAGAUGAAACGGAGGCGGGAUGACGACGACCGAAAAACUGGACGAGUUGUCGACGAGCACAACAAACGACACAAAGAUUUGGAAGAAAGGAUGCAGACGUCGGCUAGACAUGCUGUUGAAGAAGAUGAAUAUAUGUUAUCAUUCUAAGCAUGAAAGCACGUGAUUAAUUAUAAAUACAUUGAUGCUAAAUUGCA